UUUCCAACAAUUUUUGUGGUGCCACCUAGGAGUGACAAAAAAGGAUGAUAAGACACGUGGAGCAAAUGAGUUGGUUGAUUGUUGAUAAAGGAUAUGAAAAUGAGGGGCAUCAAUCAAUCUACUUGUAGACUCUAGUAUCAGUGUUAUGUGGUUCACCUUCACACUUCACUGAAUCAACAAAUAUAAUCUCUACUUACAUUUUUGAGUUUUGCACACUCUUUUCAGCUAAUUCUUCAAAAGUAGCACUUGCUCUAAGAGAAAACAAAAGAAGAUAAAAUAUGGCCUCCAUUACUGCCAGUUCUUCAGCUUCUUUAGUUGCUCGUGCUAGUCUUGUGCACAACUCUAGGGUUUCACUUUCGUCUUCACCCAUUCUUGGAUUACCAGCAAUAACAAAGAAAGGCAAGGUAAGAUGCUCAAUUGAGAGCAAAGCAUCCAGCCAAGAAAGCAGCUCAACAAAGAAGGGAAUGGGUGGCUCAUUGCUAGCUGCUGCGGCUGCCGCUACCAUGUCAAGCCCAGCAAUGGCUCUUGUUGAUGAGAGAAUGAGCACCGAAGGAACUGGUCUUCCUUUUGGGUUGAGCAACAACCUUCUUGGUUGGAUCCUUUUGGGUGUUUUUGGUCUCAUUUGGGCUCUUUACUUUGUCUAUGUUUCUGGUCUUGACGAGGAUGAGGAAUCUGGAUUGUCCCUUUAAAUCUAAUUCAUUAUCCAACCAUAUGUAUUUUGAUCAUUUGAUGUGAAUGCAAUCCAUAUUUGGUAAACUUUUUAUGUUCAUUGUAGAAAUGACAAGAAAUUAUGGUUUAUUAAGUUUAUUGUAAGAUGAGUAUUACCUUUGUCUUUUGGCUUA